UUUGCGCAUACGCAGUAUAGUGCACGCAUACAAACAUUCGUACACUUAACCAGAAUAAGGAAAACUACGCAGAAAAGCGCGUGCGCGCGCCGCAUGGAGGAAUGAAAACUCCAUGGCGCGCCGACAUUUUCGAAGGGCAUGCAAAUGAUUUCGCUGAACAUGAAAGCGAAAAUAAAAUUAUAUGUAGGCACGCGACACUACAAGUAGACCUGAUGACUCACAGUCGUUUGGCAAUAUUCUCAAAAGCGCCGUUUUACACGGGCGAAGGUAAAAUGUGCGGGUAUUAGUUUGUGUUUGUGCUUUCUAACACCCAACAACUCGAUUGCACUAGUCUGUUCAACGCAUGUAGAGUUCAUAGAUUCUCCAUUACAUUGGUCCUCGAUGCCAUAGAGUUUCUCAAAAGUAUGGAAAACUAUGCGGAGCGAGCAGACGAUGGCAAUGUAGUCUUUAAAUCGCACUAGUAGUGAAAUUUUACUUUUAGCAGAGCCAGUUCCCUGUGUUUUAUUUUUGGAGUUUCCAGACAUAAGCGUUACCUACUCAUAAGAAUGUAUAUAUAAAAAAUGUUUAAGCAAUGUGAAGCUUCGAUAUUUUAGUUUACUCCUUCACUCACAGAUGACGCAACAAGCAGUAAAAAGCACAACAUUUUAUUGUGCGGUAGGUCUUUUUAGUUUGACCAAUCAGUAGACAGCUUUCGUAUCACCAAGACAGCUGCACGGACCACAUGGAUACACAUGGUGCACGUGGUUUUUCCCCCUUGUUUGGUUUCCACCUGCGCGUUUAUGUGGUCGUUUGAAGUUGUUUACAGUGGACGCUUCCGAUUUUCGCAAUCAUCGUAAACAUCUCAAACUGCCGUCUCUGCGGUCAUGGUGAAACCGGCUAAGCUGUGGUCCACGGACCUCGGUCUGCCGGCUGACUGCGUCGAGUUCUGCCCAGUUAGACCCGAAUUGUUCGUCGUUGGGAUGUACAAGUUGAAUGAAGAGGCAGGCGAGCGCCACGGUGCCUUGACUACCUUUCAGUGGCAUGGGGGAGCAGACGUGCAGCUGUUGUGCCAUUCUGGCUCUCUGCCGGGAGCGCUCGAUGUCAAGUGGAAGGACAACAUACUGGCAGGCGCCUUCUCCGAUGGCUCAGUGCGGCUAUGCCAGCUGCGGAAGGAACAGCUGGAACCAGAGGCUUCUUGUCAGGCCGCAAACUGCCUGGCGUUGGCUGUGGCUUGGGCACCGGGGGGAGACAAAUUGGCUGCAAGCUGCUCCAACGGGUCCGUCUCGAUACUGAGCUGUGGCUCGGCUUCCUUGGAGUCCAUGGCGGAGAUCCAGUGCCACAACUUUGAAGCUUGGAGCGUUGCCUGGGAUGCCGCACAGCCGCAAGUCUUCUACACUGGAGGUGACGACUGCCGAUUCUGCUGCUGGGAUGAGCGAAGUCCUGCGCAGGCUGUCCGCACGUUGCGCAGGCACACCAUGGGAGUGACAGCCAUCGCGCCACAUCCCAACCAGGGUCACGUGCUGGCGUCGGGCAGCUAUGACGAGCAAGUGCUGCUGUGGGACACACGAAGCUUCUCCAAGCCUUUGGCCGAGUGCCAAGCAGGAGGCGGUGUCUGGCGACUUCGCUGGAGAACGGGCCUCGCGUAUCAGCAGCAGUUGCUGGCAGUUGCUGCAAUGCAUGGAGGGGCGUGCGUGCUUGCCUACAGCUCUGCAGAUGCCCUGAAGAUUGUGUGCGCCUAUGGUGGCCACCAGUCCAUGGUGUAUGGCAUCGACUGGGCAAGCGAGGACACUCUGGCGUCAUGUUCCUUCUACGACAAGCACCUAGCGCUGUGGCGGCACGACACCCUCCGGGAAUGACGGCUGUGCCACAAAUUAUGCAGCAUUACAAGAUUAUGAGCAACCAAUUAACCACAAACUGCCCGAGCAGAAUGUUAUUGUGUUUUUGCAUUUUUCUUACUUCUUUUUUAUUAUUAUUAUUCUUUUACGCCUCUUGUUGACAUGGCAAUCAAUGGCAGAGGUGGUAUUCUCGAGCUACCGCUUUCGGGGAUACGAUCACUUUCGCACGAUUUCACACGACUCAGCACCGAAUGCAUAUACAGCCGACGGCGUUCCUGGCACCACACAAAGAUAGCGAGUGUGGCAAAGUGCCAGGAAUGCUGUCCGCCGUACAAGCCGACACGUCCAGUGCCAAGUCACGCAAAAUCUCGCAAAGGUGAUUGUAUCCCUGAAAGUGAUCGCUUGAGAAUACCACCCCAGCACUCUCUCAAGAGUCACUGCCACUUUCUCAGUCAAAUAUGCCUAAAAAAGAUUACUUGACAGAAGCAGAAACACCUUGUAUGGAUUUAAAAAAAGAAAGUCCCUUGUACCUCCAUUAUUGUUAAAUGCAUGCCUUAUUUAUUACCUGUGGAUCACAAAAACAGGGGCCAAGCAGGCACACUACUGCCAACAGGCCACGCCACGAAGUAAAUGGCGGCACAAACCUCACAGCGAAAUGAAAAACAUAAGGCAAACAAAAUGUCAAGUUUGUAAAACCACUGCUGCUGCUGUGGUGUUUGUUCCCACCUUUGGUGUAAAGCUGGUCAGCCGCAACUACAACAGUCACACAGUUAGGGUUGCCAACCAUCCCGAAUUUAGCGGGACCAGUCCCGGCCUUUUGAGUGUAUAAAGGUUGUUGGAGAACAACAAAUAAACCAGAUUUCAUUUCUAUAA